GAUUUGCAAACUAAGAUUGAUAAUAAAAGCAAAAAAUUAUCAACUACAUUAUCAACACCUAAUCCUAUAAGACAACAUAAACAUCAAACUACAAAAAAAGAGAAAGAAAUACUUGAGCCAAUUCUUUUAUAUAAAAAGUUUUCUGCAAAUAAACUUGAUGAUAUUCUUCUUCAACUUCAGAUAGAAUCAAUAGAAUGGACUGAGACACGU